AUGGACCUGGCAGGAGCAGACGGCACAGGGCCGAGCGGGCGGGGCCGCGGACUGUGGUCCUGGGCCCAGGCGGCAGCUGCCCCGCGGAGGCCGCCCUGGGCUCCCAGGUCGGCCUGUGGAGGGACGGACGGUCUUGCCCGGAGUCCCUGCAACACGGCGGCGGUGGAGCGAGCCCACAAGCAACGGAGCGGCGUCCGGGCCACGUGCCGCCCAUGUACCGACUCGGCGGGACGGGAGCCGGCAGGAGGGAGAGACCUUGCUUCCUGCAAAGGCCGAAAGCCUUCCUCGCGGGUGGGCCGAGAUUUGCGUGGGGUGCUGUAUGACCCCAGUCCACACUGCCCGCCCCGCCAGUGCAGGGGCAGCCCUGGCCUCAUCCUGCCCUCCAGCCCGGGGGCGGCUGUCAGCAUCGGAAUCUCCCGUCUGCUUUGUCCCAGAGGUGCCCCUUACCACCCGUGUCUCUGCGAUGAGGCCCGGGCACGGCGGGGGCCUGGCUCGCAGGGAAGAGGUGGAGACACUGCUGACACAUGGGUCCUGGCGAGAAGGGGACCAGAUGGCUUUUACGACAGGGCUCGGAUAAAGGCUGCUCCCCACGCCUCCCACGUGCUCCUCUGGGUGGCCCUGUCACACCUGGCAGGCCUCGGUGGUGGGUCCGCUCGCUGCCCGCCUGCCUGGGUGCAGCUGGCCCCGAGCAGCGCCCGGCCCUGCCCCUCCGCUCGCGGGCCCGCGCUGCGUGGAAGGGAGACCCUGGACCUGGCUCUGGGCAUCUUGGGGAACCACGGGCCCCGUGGUACUUCCAAUGCCAGAUCUUAUCCUGAAGGGUUUUUUUCCCACAGCUGGAGGCGGGGUCCUGCUGGUGGGAUCCGAGGCUCCCCCGUCACAGGCUCGGAGCUGCCUGCCCAGAGGCAGAGCAAGGUCUUAGAGAAAGAUGCCACUCGGCCCUCGCCGUCCGUGGAAGACUCGCUGCGACCUGGGACGAGGUGUGGCGCUCUGGGGGCCAGACCCACGGACCAACCGUGCUGUGGCCCGGGCACCGUUCUCAGGGGCUUGGAGGGGAGAGACCCCCAGAGAGGUCAGGAAACUGCUCUGCCUCCCUGUGCCCGGGAGCCAGGCUGGUGCCCAGGCCGAGGCGAGAGCACAGGGCGUCUGUACAGCUCGGGGUCUCAGAGGCUUAAGCGUCACGUGCAGCUCCAGCCCGAGGGGCCGCAGAUCGUGUCUUUCAGGGUGCCUGUCGAAGAAAUUACCCCUCACUUCCGGAAGGGCAAGACAGCCCCCACGCCUCUCGGAGGGGCAGGUGGGUGCCCCGUCUCCAUCCGGAAGGAGGCUGUGGACCGGCUGCACCAGCCCUUCCGCAGGGAGACCCCAGGCCUCUCCUGGGGCCUGUCGCUGGCUGGGUCACUUCCUCUGGACGCGCCAUUCCUGUGCCCGUCCUGCCACCCUCAAGCCUGCUGCCAGCUGCUGUGCCAGGGCCGGACACCCCCCCCCCCGCAGUGGCCUCUAAGCAGGACCUCAGCGGUCACAGCUGGCGAAUCGGAGGCGGAGCUGCAGCCCAGAGCACAGCUUUGGCGCGUAGAGGGCCCUGAGGAGGAAGGAGCGGCAGCGAGAGCUCCGGGCAGUCCCGCCGCUGCCGCCUCUCCUGGAGACGGUUUGGAGGAUGAGCUGGGACAGGCCUCCCGGAGGCUGCCGGUGGGCGGCACAGCCGACACGGACACUGUCCUUCCUGAAAAGUCCCCGAGCAGGCAGGGUGGCCUCUGCCAGCCCGCGUGGAGGUACUGCAGGAGAAACGGGUUCGAGCCGCAUCCUGGGAAGCCAGGUAGACGUUGUCUAAGGCCGGGCCGAGGCCUCCCUUCCCCCCCGUGAGUGUGUGUGUGUGUGUGUGUGUCUGUCUGUCUGAUCUGAUGCAUGAGCCCACUGUGCUGGCGUUGGAAGGGACCCUUGCGGCUGCGGUCAGAGGGAACGGCCGUUUCCGCUUUACUCACGGGAGCCCAGCGGGAGAGGCUGGGCUGACCUUCUUGCUGAGGUUGGCAUCCCAUCCUUCCCUCCUUCCCCUGGCUGUGCCGACAGGCCCCUGCCGGCGUCCGCUCUGCCCUCCCUCCCUCGCUCCCUCUCCGUGGAGGUCUUCCUCCAGCUGAACAGCCACAGCCUCCGGGUGUUGACGGAGUCUUCGGUGCCCGAAAAGCUCCGAAACUGGCCUUUAAAACUCUGGUCCCCAGACCUUCGUCUGCAGCGGGGCCCCUGGGAAGUCAGAUGGGAAGAAGCAGGUGCUGCCGCGUGCUGCUCACUCUCCACAACUGAGAGGGAGGCGCUGUCCCUGUCGCUGGCCAUCUGCAGCCGUCCCCAAGCCCGUUACCCAUUACAUGCCCUCACAGGUCUGGGGCCGGGACUCACCCACGCGCCCGGAGCCGUCCCGUCUGAAUUCACCGCCGGAGUCAGCGGCUGGCCGAGCUCUGUGAGGCGGCGGCUCUGUUGGCUCCUGAGACUGGAUUCUUGGGCCGUGGGGGCUGAUUUAACGUUCCCUGAACUGAAUGAACGUUCCGUCUGGGGCAGGGACACAGGGCUGAAGGCUGCCACCACCACGGGUGUCAGGAUCUGUAGGCACUGCCCACGUGAGGGCUCAUCAUGGGUCCCCUUUGAAGCCACUGCCCUGUUUCUGCCACCUGCUCAGCCAGGAGGACCUCUCAGUGACAAGGAAUGUGGUCUUGUUCCAGGAAGCUGAGAAAUUGUGUCUACACUGAAGAACUUUCUUGGGUGCCUCCUCUGGACCCCUGGGCUUUGGAGCAGGCAGGAUGGACGCGGUGGUUGCUGUUUUGGCUGUGCCUACAGCCUGCGGAAGUUCCGUUGUGGCUCAGCACUG